AUGGAGGCUGGAGCUAAUGUCGGUGGCCAAGUCGGUCAGGCUAAUCAGAUUAACAGAAAGCAGGACUCCUUACGCAGUGGAGCCCACGUACGUAGUAAAAAAGCAGGUUUUGGUCAGCGUUGGGAUAGGAAUCGACUACGCGAUGAAGUUGUCACCACGAUCCCAUCGGAAAGACAAGUGGACAGUUUCCAUAGACCAGGUCAAAGUGGCACCUUUGAACGUUGCUCUCAAAAUAGUGGGAGGCGCAUAGAAUCCCUUCGAAGUGGAGAAAACACCAUCGAAGUCGUGCCUUUGGCAUCUGCUACAACUCAAUGCAACCCUCAAAUAAACGAAAUUAGGGCGCUGGAAAAUUCAAUGGGUGAUCUGAAUCUAAGAGAAAGUCUGAUUGAACAGCUUCGAUCCGGUUCGUAUACUUGCCUGAUUUGUUUAUCCAAUGUUGAGCCAAGGGAUCAAAUUUGGUCGUGCAGUGGGUGUUACCAUGUUUACCACCUCAGCUGCAUUUCCAAUUGGGCCCUUUCGAAUACGCAGAAGUCUGGAACUGGACCUCAGGCCACUCAGAAGGUGCAGUCGUCGUGGCGUUGCCCGGCUUGCCAAAAGUCCUAUACAUCCGGAACAACUUCCCUUAUUUGUCGGUGUUUUUGUGGUAAAAUUAUCCGUCCCGAAUAUCGCCCCGGAUUCUCAACCAUCCCUCAUGGCUGUGAUGAGGUCUGUGGUAGGUCAAAGGCAAAUACUAGCAGAAAAGCCGAUCAGCCGAACAAAAGAGUUUCGCCAUGUCCGCAUACCUGUACUGAACUCUGCCACCCCGGUCCCUGCCCACCCUGCACCGCUCUAGUGCAGCUUCACUGCCCCUGCGGGCGCGUGGUGCAAACCUUGCGAUGCGGUGAAGAGCCCCCGGAGCCCUGCGGAGCCCCUUGCGACCGACUCCUACCCGCCGGGCGCUGCGCCUACGGUACUCACCACUGCCCCCUGCCCUGCCACGAUGGCGACUGUCCUCCCUGCACGAAACUCAUCAAAUCGGUUUGCUACUGUGGUCGAGUAGAUGAGGUCACGCUUUGUGGCAGUGAAAAGGCCAAGCGCUACGAUCUGUGUGAGGCUAGAUCAGGAGCAGUGGUGGGCGAUUUAGAGCUCUACGAGGUUGAAAUGUUUUUUGACGGUGCUGAGGCGGAAAAAGCGGCGAUACUGGCCACCGAGGGGGCAGUGGAGGCGCUCUUUGUGGGUACGGUGUUCUCGUGCGAACAGACCUGUGACCGGCCACUGGCUUGCGGCCACCACAACUGCACCGCUUUAUGCCACCCUGGCGACUGCCGACCUUGCCCGCUUCUGCCCUCCCAGUGCCUCACCUGCCCCUGUGGUCGUGUACGUAUCGCCCAACUGGUAAUGAACGGAGAUGAACAUGGAAAUCGAAAGAAGUGCACUGAUCCCAUCCCUGUCUGCCCUAAUGUCUGCGGUCGUCCGAACCCAAUAUGCGGACACCCUUGUCCAGAGAAAUGUCACCCUGGCCCUAGCUGCCCUCCGUGCAAGCUCACCACUAAGAUAACUUGUCGUUGCGGAAAGACUUCCAAGGAGAUUUCCUGUCUCGAAUAUGCCCUGGCUGUGAAAAAGGAUCCGGAUUCCUUCAAAUUUUUAUGUGGAAGAAUAUGUCGGAAAAAGAAAUCCUGCGGGCGACACAAGUGCAAUCGGAAAUGCUGUGAUAUGGUGAUCCAUGCGUGCCAGGAGAUAUGUGGUCGCACGCUGGCGUGCGGAAAGCACACCUGCGAGGACCUAUGUCACUGCGGUCCCUGCGGUCCGUGUUGGCGAGGUGUGAUCAACGAGGAGGUGUACUGUCACUGUGGUGCCACCGUUCUACCACCACCGCAGCCUUGCGGCACUGCGCCGCCUGAGUGCAAUCAGCCCUGCUCGCGGCCGCACCCCUGCGAUCACCCUGUGCAGCACACCUGUCACUCCGAGCCCGAGUGUCCCAAGUGCACUGUUCUUAUGACCAAACGCUGUCCCGGCGACCACACGUGGAUGUUCAACGUGCCCUGUUUCCAGGCCGUGGUGACCUGCGGACGUCCGUGCGACAAGCCUCUAUCGGGCUGUUCGCACCGCUGCCGUCGCCAAUGCCAUGCGGGUGACUGUCUGCUCCCGAGCGAGGACGGUAGCGCGGUGUGCACACAGCCCUGUGCCACGCCGCGCCCUGACUGUGGCCAUCCCUGCGGUCAACCCUGCCACGAGGCCGCCGGAAUUCCCUGCGUCGAGGCUCUCGGCUCACUCAAGUGCCACGUGCCUGUCACUCUCUCUUGCACCUGCGGACAUCGGUGUGAGGAACAGCCUUGCUACCGGGUGAAGACUCUGGUAGCAGGACUUGCAAAGAAGGACCCUAACUUCCUCCUUCGCUGUUCAGCAUCGACGGCCCUGCCCUUCGGUCUGCCCUCAAAAGAGGUGCUGCCCUGCGACUCUUCCUGCACUCAGGCGAUGCGGGAAGCGAAAGCGGCAGAGGAGGAAGCCGAGGCGGCGACCCACAACGAGCCCAAGAUGUGGGUGCGUGGUGGCACCCAUGUGAUCGAUGAGUCCUUGCCGCCUGCCUUUGCCCCACCCGAGUAUUCCGAUUGGCUUAAGCAGUUUGCAUCAAAUAACCUCUCCUUCGCUGUGGAGGUGGAAAAGGUUCUUUACAAUUUGGUUGACGAGACAUUGGGUUUGAUGAAGUCGUCGGGAUCAAAUCCAAAUUUGAACAAGUGCGUGAGCCAUCGGUUCAGUCCGAUGAACCAUGCGAAGCGGCGCUUCAUAAUUGAGCUAGCGGAGUUCUAUGGAGUGGAAUGUGUAGAACUGGAUCCACCACCUCACAGGUAUGUAGAGGCGCUUGCCAUUGGAGGUCGGGUACGUUUUCCGGGUGGCGGCUCAAAACAACACUACGUGAGUCUGGCGGGUAGGAUGGAGGCCUCCUUUGUGGGCUCUGUGAAAAUCGGCGUCGUCGAUGCUGCCCUCACUUCGGCACCCGUCCACGUUGCCGCUCGACCUGCUCCCCUCCGUUGCACCGUCGACACCACCGCCACUACCCCCUCCACUCGCCUCGUUUCCUUCUCCUCCGUUGUUGGCAGUACUAGUUACAACAGUGGCAAUCGAACCUCAAAACAGGAUUAG